AUGAGCGCUGACAAGACCAUCUUCAAGGCCACCUACUCGGGCGUGCCAGUCUACGAAUGCAUCAUCAACAAUGUCGCCGUCAUGAGACGGCGUUCCGACAGCUGGCUCAACGCUACCCAGAUCCUCAAGGUCGUUGGUCUCGACAAGCCGCAGCGUACACGUGUUCUCGAGCGUGAGAUUCAGAAGGGCAUCCACGAAAAGGUACAGGGUGGGUACGGCAAGUAUCAGGGAACCUGGAUUCCUCUCGAUGUUGCCAUCGAGCUUGCCGAGCGGUACAACAUCACAAAUCUCCUCCAGCCCAUCACUUCCUACGUUCCCUCGGCCGCCGACUCGCCGCCUCCUGCUCCCAAGCACACCAUCUCCACCUCUGCCCGCGCCAAAAAGAUCGUCCCCGCCGACGCUGGCGCUCUUGGCCGUUCAAGACGCGCCACCAGUAUCGAGACCGAGUCCGAGCUUGUGGGCGCUACACAGAACAAUGCUUCCGAGGGCACCAUGAGCCCUUCACCCAGCGACAUCAGCAGCUCUUCUCGUACACCCAGUCCUCUUCCUGCCGACCGUGCCAACGCUAUGUACGCCAAUCAGGCUGCUGCUGCUGCCACCCCCGGUUUCAACGGUAGAGAACCCAACAACCAAGCCAGAUACGCCGACAUCAUCCUCGACUACUUUGUCACCGAGAACACCACUGUUCCUUCGCUUCUCAUCAACCCACCUCCCGACUUCAACCCCGACAUGAGCAUCGACGAUGACGAGCACACCGCCCUCCACUGGGCUUGCGCCAUGGGUCGCAUUCGUGUCGUCAAGCUCCUUCUCUCCGCCGGUGCUGAUAUCUUCCGCGUCAACACCAACCAGCAAACGGCCCUGAUGCGCGCUACCAUGUUCUCCAACAACUACGACUUGCGAAAGUUCCCCGAACUCUUCGAGUUACUGCAUCGUUCUAUCCUCAACAUCGACAGGAACGACCGCACUGUCUUCCACCACGUCGUCGACCUCGCCCUCAGUCGAGGCAAGCCUCAUGCUGCUCGAUACUACAUGGAGACCAUGAUCAACCGCCUUGCCGACUAUGGUGACCAGCUUGCCGAUAUCCUCAACUUCCAGGAUGAUGAAGGCGAGACCCCCCUGACAAUGGCUGCUCGUGCUCGAUCCAAGCGACUCGUCCGUUUGCUUCUCGAGCAUGGAGCUGACCCCAAGAUCCGCAACAAGGAAGGCAAGAAUGCCGAAGACUACAUCAUCGAAGACGAGCGUUUCCGAUCUUCACCCUCUCGCACCGGUCCAGCAGGUAUUGAGCUUGGAGCUGAUGGUCUGCCCCUCCUUCCCACUAGCUCGCUUCACACAUCCGAGGCAGGUCAAAGAACUGCAGGACGCGCUGUGACCCUGAUGAGCAACUUGCUUCACAGCCUAGCCGACAGCUACGAUAGCGAGAUCAACACGGCCGAAAAGAAGCUCACCCAAGCUCACGGCUUGCUCAAACAGAUCCAGAGCGAGAUCGAGGAGAGUGCCAAGGUUGCUGACGGCUUGCAUCACCAAGCCAAGGGGGUCGAGGAGGAACACAAGCGUGUCGACUCGCUUCAGCUUGCACUCAAACACGGCACCAACAAGCGUGCUCGUGACCAUCUCGAACGUCGUUGGGCUCAAGGCAAGGAAGCGAUCAAGCGUGCGAGGUUGCAAGCAGGCUUGGAACCAGGUGCGCUUCUGGAUAGCAAUGCUGCUAACAAGCAAGACGGCACUACUGAGGCUGGUGCAGAUGACGCCAACAAGUUGAUCGACGGUCUGCCAGCCGGUAGUGAUAUCAAGAGAGCUAUUGCUGAGCUCAAGAAGCAAUUGGGUGAGGUGCAGCAGAAGCGUACCGAGCUGGUGGACAAGUUUGUCACCCGCGCUAGGGAGCAAGGUACUGGACGCACUAUGGCUGCUUACAGGAGGUUGAUCGCAGCCGGUUGUGGGGGUAUUGCACCAGAUGAGGUGGAUGCUGUGGUGGGUGUGCUGUGCGAGUUGUUGCAGGAGGGUCAUGCUGGUGCAGGUGCCGCUGGGUCGGGGUUGGAAGGUGAUGAACGAGCAAGAGAUGCAGCUAUGAUGCUUAAGGGUGCUGGUGCUGCUGCACUUGCUGCCAACGCCAGUGCUGCCUAA